UAUACCAUAGAGCUGGGUCUUUGCUACCUUUCCCAGAUGGUGACCAUCAAUUUUUGCAAAUAUAUUUUAUUGGUGAUGAGAAUCGUGAAAUAGAUCAGCGCUGUGCAAUUUCGACGAAUACGAGAAGAUCAAUCGUGAAUGAAUUGCAAACAAUGUUCCAUCAACACAAUGAAUUGGUGAAAUUGUUCAAAGUGGCACUCGAUCUGAUGCUCACCGAUGGCCACAAAAUCAUAAUAAAAGCCGAUACCAAUUGGGAGCACGCCAGACGAUUCAAUGUACCAACGAUUGAUGAAGUAGCUAUUGUUGUGGUUGGUGAACAGUUUCAGCCACGAGAUAUUGUUUUGUAUCGUAGAAAUGAGCAAUUACAACGUAUUUCAGAACUCCAUCGCUGUUAUGAUGCAUUGCAAUACCCCAUUUUGUUUUGGAGAGGGGACGAUGGCUAUUAUAUCAACAUACCAAUGAUAAAUCCAACAACUGGUCAAAAAUCAACGAAAACCGUCAGUGCGAUGAAUUUUUAUUCGUAUCGAUUGAUGAUUCGCCCUCAAGAAAACAAUUUUAUUUUGCGAUGCAAUCAACUUUCGCAUCAAUUUUUUAUCGAAUUGCAAGUCAUUUGGACGCAAAUAUAAUAAAAAAUUGAAUGCUCCAGGAGGAACUGGAAAAACAUUUUUAACUUUAUUUAUUUUAGCAUAAUUUAUUUAGCGUAAAAAAUUGAAAUGGAAAUUAAAGAAUCAAAGUUUAAUUACAAGUUUUUAUCGGCUCUUUCACCUUACCUGUAUAUAUGUAGGUGACCACCACAAUCAAAUUUUAAAAAAGUACAGAAAAGGCUAUUGUGACAUCUUUAGAA